AUGGCAGGAUCGGGCACUACUGAGCUUCACACACCAUUUUUCAAUGGAGAAAACUAUGAGUUCUGGAGCAUUCGGAUGAAAACCAUUCUGAAAUCUCAUGAAUUGUGGGAUCUGAUUGAACAUGGCUUCGAUGCUUCAGAUCCAAAGAAGGAUAAGGAGAUAGAAGAGACUAAGGUUGCUGAGAAGUCUACGAUGGCUGAGCUUCUGAUAAAGGAUGCUCGUGCACUUGGGUUGAUCCAAAAUGCUGAUCUUGAGACUCUUGAAAUUCAAGAGGUGGUUGCUUCUCUGAAGAGCUUUGAGCUCAGAUUGGAUCGGCACACUGAGAACUCUACAGAAAAGGCUUUUACUAGAAAGCCUAAAUGCAAAGGGUGUGGGAAAUUUGGACAUAUGCUCAGGGAGUGUCUUGGAAAUAAAAAUGUACACAUAUUGAACUAUGCAAAUCAAGUUGAAGAAACUGGAACCUUGUUCUAUGCAUGCAAUGCUGUGACAGAUGUGAAGGUAAAUCACUCUUGGUACAUUGACAGUGGUUGUAGUAACCACAUGACAGGUGAUGAGAGUUUGUUAGUCAAUAUUCAAAGAAAUUUGACUUCUAAAGUAAAGAUGGGUACUGGAGAAAUAGUUCCGGUUGCAGGAAAAGGGACUCUUGUGAUAGAAACCAAGUUGGGUAGGAAGCACAUUCAAGAAGUGAUGCUUGCACCGGGUCUUGAAGAAAAUCUGCUGAGUGUUGGACAAAUGAUAGAGCAUGGGUACUAUUUUGUGUUUGGAGGGGAUGUGGUGAACAUUUAUGAUGAUCGGUCACUGAACAAUCUGAUUGUUCGAGUUCAAAUGACAAAUAAUAGAUGUUUUCCUCUUACAAUGAUGCCUACAAGUGAUUUGGCCUUAAAGGCAAGUGUUACACACUGCUUGCAGACCUGCAUAAGAUAUUGGGGCACUUAA